AUGGGAGACACAGAAACCAGAUCAACACGCUGGGAGUGGCGCUCAGCGAAAUGGUUCAUUCUAGCCACCGUCGCCAUAGCCCUAUUCAUCGAAAUCUUCCUCUAUGGCUUCCUCGUCCCAAUGCUCCCCUACAUGCUCGAAGAGCGCAUGCACCAAGAUCCCAAGCAAACCCAACGCCUAACAUCCAUCUCCCUAGCCCUGCACGGGCUCGUCUCAGCCUUCGGCGGUCCACUAAUCGGCCAUCUAGCCGAUAAAGCGCCCAACCGCAAGGGACCCUUCCUCAUUGCUCUAGUGGGCUGUAUCAUCGGUACGUUCAUGGUAGCCUGCACCACAGAUGUAGGCGUGUUCUUUGGAGGGCGCGUGUUGCAGGGGAUUUCUGGUUCGGGCGCUUGGAUUAUUGGACUUGCGACUGCGGCGGAUACGGUGGGACCCGAGAGGAUUGGGACUACGAUGGGGUUUUUGAUGGCGUUUGUUAAUGCGGCGAUGGUUACGGGGCCGAUGGUUUCGGGGUUGAUUUUGGAGAUGGCGGGUUAUUGGUUUACUUGGAGUGUGCCCGUGGUGAUUUUGGUGAUUGAUAUUGUGGCUAGGUUGUUGAUGGUUGAGAAGGGGGGGAAAGAGGAUGCUGGUAAGUCUUUGGCGGGCGCUGAAGAGAGUGAUCCUUUAUUGGGGUCUCCGAGGGAGGAGGAAGAUGAUGCGAAGACGCCAAGGGUGAAUUUCUGGCGGACGAUGCUCAGCAAUAGCCGUGUCAUGACGGCCUUGUUGAUUGGGGUUUGGGGUCCGACUCUGAAUACAAGCUUCAACGCUACGCUUCCUCUGCAUGUGUUGGAUAUCUUUGGCUGGGGACCCUCGCGGGUUGGGUUGAUGUUUUCCUUGUUGGCCCUGCCUGGUCUGCCCAUCAGCCCGCUCGCUGGAUAUCUUCGUGAUCGCAUUGGGACCCGGACACCUGCGACUAUCGCCCUUGCUCUGCAGGGCGUUUUCCUUGUCUUGUUGGGAUUCGCUGGUAACAAGCAUUAUGAAUGGUCCAGUGCAGCUGGUCGAGGCCAGGCACUAUAUAUCUUUUGCUGUAUUAUGUUCGGCACACUGCGACCAUUUGUCUCGGGAAUUGGGCCUGUGGAAUUGACCUGUGUUGUCAAAGCCGAAGAGGCAAAGAACCCAGGGAUCUUUGGACCUCGAGGAGGUCUCUCGCGUGUCUUUUCCCUGGUCGAGGUCGCCGCCACGAGUGGUAUGACUCUCGGGCCCAUUCUCGCCGGAGCUCUGACAGAGCGUUUUGGAUAUUAUAAUAUGUGCUGGACAUUGAGCGUUGUCUCCAUCAUCAUGGCCAUCAUGGCCCGCAUUUUCCUGGGUUCGAAAAGUAUGGAAGAGAAGGCUAUUCAAGAGGCAAAUGCCGAAUAA